AUGCAGGGAUUUCUUUACGCAGCUGCAUACAUCUGGGUUGCCUACUCCAGCCUCGAAGACGCCUACGAUGCGACCAUCACCUCCGCUCCACCCGGAGACACCAACAGCCCCAUCCCCUCUGACUCCUGCCCGUCCCCCGCGCGGUCCUACCCCGAGGAAAACCCCUGUUCAGCCUACCACUUCCUCCCUGGCACCGCCACCCUCUUCUGCUGGCCCGUCACCACCGCUGACGGCGAUCUCUGCCUCCAGAAUGGCACCACCGUCUCCGCCUCCCGCCCUACCACCGCCAUCGUCAACGGCGAGACCUUCAUCUCCCCCACCGUCUACCUCUCCUUCACCUCCAUCUACGCCUGGAGCAACUGCCGCGCCCACCCGGGCUCCCAGUGCGGCGGCUCCCACUCCAACGAGAUCCUCUCCAUCCACCCCUCCACGCUGUCGUCCGUCCGCUACCACCGCAACGCCAAAUAUCCCGACCGUCGGCACCGCCUACCCCUUCAAUUUCGCCGAGUUCAUGCCGCAAGAACCCGAAGGGCGCGGAGGGAAAUGCCACCCAGUCCCUCUUCCCCUGGCCGCAGUACCGGGGCGGGCAGCAGUGUCCGCUCUACGACCCGAGCUGUACGACCAUCCGCGACGACUACAUCCCCCGGGUGCUGCUGCUCGAGGAGGUCAGACGAUCGCGAGGUGAUCACCGUGACCGGCUACCCCGGAGCCGGAUGCUGGGGAGAGGGUGUUGAGGGUUGCGGCUGUUCCUGGCGAAGCAGCGGCGGCGGCCACGCCGGUGCCGACUGAGUUGGGGUGGUGAAGUUGACGUUGCUUUGGAAUGUUGGCAAUGUUCAGUCGCAGAUAUAUAGCAUUUGUCUGUCGUUCCAAUUCACACUGAAGAUAUGUUUAUCCAGGAAAAGGGCCUUUGUCGUUGACGCAAACUGUCCAGCCUCGUAUCACGUCCAGAGUAUGUAUGAAUAAUAUCAAGAUUGAGG